AUGUCAACAGAAAUUGAUGAUUUGAAAAGUAUCGUUGCCUUGGACGAGGUUUCUGAUUCAGAAGCGAAAAAGUUUGGCGAUACCACUCUUACGUUUGACGGGUUAUUGGAUGAACCCGGUGUGGUGGUUUUUGAGGAUGCAGGACAGUUGGGGUGCGGAUCGAUAGUAUGGCACGUUGCGACGAUUCUUUCGCAGUUUGUGAUAGAUCGCAAGUUUUCGCAAACGUGCAAAAACAUUCUCGAACUGGGUAGCGGAACGGGUCUUGUUGGACUGGCAUUGGGGUUGUAUGAAAAACAACGUAGAGAAAAAGCAGGUGAGCCACCAUUAACCGAUCAAGAUCUUAAAAUUUAUAUCACUGAUCAAGAUAUCUUGCUUGAUCGAAUGAAAAAAAAUGUUGAGCUGAAUGGGCUACAAGGUAUUGUCGAGGCUGAAGUUCUUAGCUGGGGCGAGCCUCUCCCUGCAUUUGCUGAUUCAGAGCAGCUGGCCAAACUAUCCCCUCCUGUUCCACCUGUUGAUCUUGUGCUCAUGGCCGACUGUGUUUACGCGGAGCCUGCGUUCCCAUUACUAGAAAAGACACUCUUGGACCUGACGGACCGUGAUCCGGACUUGAAAAUGUACAUGUCAUACCAAAAACGGCGCAAAGCUGAUGCGCGGUUUUUCAAGCACAUGAAAAAGUCAUUUACGUUUAAUGAGAUUACAGACUAUCCGGGGUACGAUCAUAGCGUGAGAGGCACGAUGCACUUGUACAAAAUUACCAGAAAGAAAUAG